CCCGUCUUCACACCAACUUUCCUCCGCUUGUUGGAAAGCUUCCUGUUUAUUUCUGGUUGAUGUACGACCUACUUGAUAAAUGUCGGAACUAAGUCGGUCCGAGAAGCUUGCUGCUGCUCAGCUGAAACUCACAAAAUUCCGUGCAUCUAAAGGUGGGCGGCGACCAGGCACGGAGAAUUCCCACAAGACUGUGGAUCCACAGUCGACUGCUGCGGCAUACUUCACUUCACCUCCAAAUGCUCGCUUAUUGGAAAAUCGAUCAACCCUUGAUUCGUUUGAUUCCGGUCCGGUGGAUUCGGAAGCGUUACCGGCAAUGGUAUCUUCAAACGGCGUAAACGAUCCACCUGCAGCAAAACCCAGUUCAUUGGCGGACUACUUCAGAGCUAAUCAGUCAUCAACUUCGACCUUGUCGUCACAUGAUGCCUGUCUGUUUCCAUCUCGUUCAGAAGUGGAGUACACUUCAACUGCCAAUACAAUGGUGACAUACUCGUCUGAUGAACCGCAUCGGAAUCAGUGCACUGGUAACAGAAGUGACUCAGGAAAGGAGUUUCCUCCCACGUCGUUUCACCCCGCAACAUCUCUGGGCUACGCACUACAACAGUCUUCUUCCAAGCAACUGGGUGUUGUCGACCCGACUGCGGAUGAAUUAGUGCCUGCUCCAUCAACUUCCAUGGUCGAUGGUGAUUUGAAUAGCAACAAGGCUGUAUAUAGUGAAUUUGUGGAACCUAUUGGAAGUGUUCCGACUGCCACAACUGAGAAGAUUCUACAACUCUCUCAACAACUCAAUGGUAUUCUUCAAACGUCGGAACAAUUGACCACUUCGUUCACCUCGUCCCACGGUAGUUAUUCUUUCCCGUAUCAAUUGAGUGAGACAGGAGAACAGUACUGCGCAAGCCAACCGGAUGUGAGCCCAGAUUCGAACGGGUAUAACGCGGGUCCGCACAGCCCGUAUCCUGGUGCACUGGAUCAACAUAUCUCCAAACGUUCGAACACACCGACGUCUACACACAGCGCCACAGCGGGCAGCAGCUAUGUUCGUGAACUGGAGGACCGAAACGUGGAAUUGGCUGCCCUCUUGGAGAAACGUGGCCGUGCUCACGAGCGUGCCUUAGCCAAGCUUUCUGCUUUGCAAGAACAGUACGCGAAGGCCACCGCUCAAGCUGCGGCGGACCGUCAAAACUUGGAACAGUCGACCAGUCGAGAUCUUGCCAGGUCUCAAGAACAGAUCCGCGCCCAUGCCCAAACAAUCGGCGUUUUGGUCGCCGAAAAGACGGAAUUGCAAACGAAAGUCAGUCAUCUUGAACGCCUGGCCAACGAACGCUCUCAUGAAAUCGAAGUGAUCGAUGAGCGGUUGCAAACCUAUCGGAAACAGUCUAUUGAUUUGGAGCGGUCUCUGGUUACGUUAAAAUCCGAUUUGGAAAAGGCCAGUCAGGAAUCCGCGGAUCUUUCAUCACAGUUGGAACGUUACAAAUCGGAUGUCAGGCGGGAACGGAUUUCACGAGAGAAUAUCGAAGCCGAACUUCAGGAGGCGUACUCACGGUUGAAUAACCGAGAACACGAAGUGAAGCAACUUGAGUUGAAUGUGACUGAACUAAGAAGACAGCUAGAGCUCGUUCAGGAUGUUCGGUUGCAAAUGUUUGAAGCAUCCUAUUCCCUACAUCCUACUGCCGUUUGCUAUAUUUCUUUUUGGAUUUCUUCUCAGGUAUACGCGAACCAGCUAGCGGUUACCGGUGACGCUGAACACGUGAAGUCCGACUUGGCAGGUGGCUUAGAAGUUGCCCAUUUCUCAUCACGCGAAGAAUGGUUGACAGAACGGGCCAAUCUUAUUCAGCGUAUCGAGGAGCUGGAGAAUACUGCACUGCAGGCGAGCAAAGAUAGUGGACGUCUCGAGUCGCAGUACAAAGCGUUCGUCGCACAGGUGGAACAACAAGCGGGAGAUUUACGUUCCCAACUUUCCGAUGCGAACGCCUCCAAACAACAACUCCAGCUGUGCCUAGAUGAAGCACGCCGCGCGUUGCGAGAAAAAGAAGAUGAAUUGAUCGAAUGUAGAAGUAAACUGGAAAUUGUACACCAUCAGUCCUCGAGCCCAGAUUCAACCAGAAACGUACAUAAGGAGGACGAGACACAAACGAGUACGGGUGUGGCAACGAUGGACUCCACCCGGCUACGAGAGCUGGAGGAUCUGACGGCACUGCAGCAGUCCGACUUGCAAAGACUCACGGAAGAGACGGUCUCACUGAAGUCUAAACUGCUCGAUGCCGAGUCAGUGAUUCACGAGAAGGAUGUGCUGUUAGCCGACCGGGAUUCCGUGCUGGCCACAGCAACUUCCGAACGUACGGCUCUCAGUCGGGCAGUGGAACAAAACCGUACGCUCAAGCAGCAGCUCACCGAACUGCAAGAUGCGUUUGUCAGUAUGAGCAAUCAAAAUAUGCAACUCACCAGUGACCUUCAGCGGGAGCAGCACGCCCUUCGGGAAAUCGGCACUAUUCAGCAUGACUAUCGUGGUCAAUUGGAACGACUCCAAGAACACUGUGCCAGACGGGAGUCCGAGUACAACGCUUUGUCUGAGGCGUUCGAAGCGCUCUCAAGGGAGUUGGAUCGGGCGCGUGAGCAUGGGGAAUGUGACCAUGCUACACACACCACCCUCCACGUGGAGGCUAUGCAGCAGCAACAACAAUCCGACAGUGCCGCGGCAGAAAACAAUGACGAACUUGUGGGCAAGUUGAUGAAAGAACUGGAAAACAACCAUACUACCAUAACCGCGUUGGAGACCCGACUGGAGUUGUUCGAAAGUGUGUUGCAUCGAAUCACAGUGUCCUUCGAAUGGCUUCAGGAGCACGCUGCCGACCAGGACAACGGAGAUGUGUCCAGGACUGCGCUGGCUCGGAAAAAUGGAAAAGAUAUUCGAGAACUGCACGAGAAUGCAUUGGAGCUAGUCACUUCUUGGGAUCGUCUGGCACAGUCGUUAAUCACGCAAAAGAAUCGUGAAGUCGCCGUGCAAGCAGAGCAAAACCGGCAACAUCAGGCGACUCUGCAACAGUUACCCAGUGUGGAACAGUGGAACAAAUUGCAGCUUGCGCACACUCAGCUCGAGACCAAAUUUGUCGACUGCAUGGACAAAUUGAGUCGUGCGACAGAGGAGCGUGCCAAACUUGAGUCAGUCGUCACACAACUGGAGAUGGAGGCAGCUACAGUUGGGGAGUACGUGACGUUGUUCGCCCAUCGCCGUGCCGCUGCUGCCCGUCGCGCACAGGCUCGUGAGCAUCUUCUGGGUCGCUUAGUAAAGGACCGAAUGCGGUUGCGUUCGCGACUUCAACACAUGAAAGAUAUGGUUCCACAAACAGCUGGUGAGAGGUCUGAUGGUGGUGAAUCCGCAGACGCGGAGGCACACAAAGAACAAAAUAACCCAGACGAUGAGCUGAGACAGACAAACUUUCUAUCAGAAUUUCAAUCUCUGCUGGAGGAGGUCAAUAUCACGACAGACGAAGCUGACGCAGAGGCUGGCUUAUCCCUUUUGUGUGAUGAGGAUGUCGAGGAACAGUCGUCGAAGGACCAGACGACGAGGGAUCAAUCACCAGAUCGUCUGAUUCGAUCUACACAAACACUGGAACAACUACGCCAACAAGUGCUCCAACACGAUUGUCCUCACUGCCAGUGCUGUGUAGGAGUGCUGUUGGAAGUUUGAUGUUUGCGCCCGCGACCCCGCCUUGAUUUUUCAUCUUUGGUACUUUCUAUUCAUCUCUCUCCAACCAGGUCUUUCAUCACCGUUCUGAGGCAACAGUACAUGUGUGUGUACAGCUUUGUGGUGGCGUUUUUGGCUGUGGUUCGUCCUGUUCAUCUAAGCUGACCUGUUUCGAAGUGAUUAUUUCACCCGUUGCUGUGCCCUACACCUCCGGAUCGUCUUUCUCUUCUCCUCACAAUGCCUUUACGCACUCCAAUCUGUUGACAAUUUUGUCGAUCCCAGCUGAUUGGGCUUGGCGUCUAAUCACGUGGUAUGAUUUUAACAACGUUUGGGAACACGUGAGCGUCAACGUCUAAUCAGUGGUAUGAUUUUAACAACGUUUGGGAACACGUGAGCGUCAACUUGAAAAAUGUUUUAAAAAUCUUUUGGGUAGGCAACAUGACUGUACAAGAAGUAUGCACAAAUUGGUGAUUCUGGUCAAGUGGAAAUAUACUGGUCCCAGAAGGUUUUGCGGUGUGCUGGGAGUUGGUUCGGUGAGUAGCAUUCAAUUCCGGCAUUGGCAACCAAUGUAGUAAAUGUUGCGACGGAAUCCGAUUCGAAAGUGCGGUGAGCGCCUUGGCAUACGACGAGGGGGUCAGUGACACCGACAGCCAGGCAGUCGUCCGGAAGAAUUUGGGGAUUCUGCCCGGUCCAGACUGAGUUUGGUUGUUUGUAGUGCCGAAUGAUAUCCAGCACAUUGGCUCGUAGCGAUGUAGCCGGCUUUUGCCGAUUAGAGUCCUGAUGGUGAGGUGCCGCUCGAACCAGCCGUGAAAACUGUUGUACGAAAGCGGACUUGGCGUUCUGAGCGUGGUAUAGGUAGCU